UCCCCUUGAUGUUAACGCCCCAGCUAACCCCAAUUUCCCAAUAAUCGCGGCCGCACUCGUCCCAAAAGCCCCAAACCCGAGAGGGAACACCCUCGACCCAACCGAAAAUGUCCGCCGCCGCCGCCGCCGCGGGCGACGACGCCAUCUUCGCCCGGUGCCUGCUGGCGCUCUACAUCCUGAGCCCGGUCACCAUCUUCCUGCUCCGCUUCCUCUCCGCGCCCUACGGCAAGCUCUCGCGCCCGGGGUGGGGGCCGGCCAUGCCGGCCCCGACCGCCUGGUGCCUCAUGGAGAGCCCCACCCUCUGGCUGCCGCCCCUCAUCACCCCCAUCCCCCUCCUCCUCGCCGCCGCCGCCCCGCUCACCUUGCUGCCACCCGCCCUCUUCGCGCUCCACUACCUCCAGCGCACCUUCCUCCACCCGCUCCGCCUCCUGCAGCUCCGCCGCCCCCCGGCGCCCUUCCCCUUCUUCAUCGCCCUCUGCGGCUUCGGGUUCAACAUCCUCAACGCCUACAUCCAGGCCCGCUCCUGGACCCUCCACUCCACCACCACCUCCCCGUUCGCGCUCGCCCGCUGCCUCGCCGGGGUGGGCCUCUUCGCGUGGGGCAUGCGGGUCAACGUCGCCGCCGACAGGCACCUGCUGCGGCUCAAGGAGGCCGGCGGCGGGUACAGGAUCCCCAGGGGUGGAUGGUUCGACAAGGUCACCUGCCCCAACUACUUCGGCGAGAUCGUCGAGUGGCUCGGAUACUGCCUUGUGGCGUGGUCGCCCGCGGCGUGGGGCUUCUUCCUCUACACUUGCGCCAACCUCAUGCCCAGGGCCAGGGAUCAUCGCCAGUGGUAUCUGAACAAGUUCGGCGAAGAGUACCCGGCGGAGCGCAAGGCCGUCAUCCCAUACAUCUACUAGCCCUGGCUCCUCUGUAAACUUCUC